AUGGUCGACGCGCGCUUCCGCGUCGACUUCGCGGACGGCGGCAAGGGCGCGUCCACCUCCGUCGCGGAUCCGCCCGGGUUCGCGACCCUCAAAGAGCUCGGCGACGGAGAGGGGGGCGAACCCGCGAGGACGUCCGCGGCCGCGGGGAAGGGCGCCGUCGCGGGGCCCGCGAAGAAGCGCGGCCACCAGCUCACGCCCGCGAUGCGCGUCCAAAAGGCGUACGCGUUCGCGGGGGGGCAGCUCCAGUCGAUCCUCAUGAUGGGGUUCAUGAUGUGGAUGUCCGGCAACGGCGUGCAGAUAUUCAGCAUCAUGAUCACGUUCGGGGGCAUAUUCAACCCCGCGAAGGCGAUCUUGACCAGCGGGAAGACGUUCGAACGCUUCGGCGGCGCGGACGGCGCCGUCGACGUCACGGCGCCGCGGCUGGCGUUUUGCGCGAUCCAAUGCGUCGGGCUCGCGAUGGCGCUGUAUAAGCUGAACGCGAUGGGGUUGCUGCCGACGCACGCGAGCGAUUGGGUGUCGGGGAUGAAGCCGCCGAGGGCGACGGAGCGCGCGUACGGAGGGACGACGUUGUGA